AUCUUCCGGCGAGCCGACAAGAACGAUGAUGGGAAGCUGUCAUUUGAGGAGUUCAAGAACUAUUUUGCUGAUGGGAUCCUGAGCUCGGAGGAGCUGUGGGAGUUGUUCAGUGGCAUUGACAGGCGUCAUUCAGAUAACGUGGACACAGAGAAGUUGUGUGAUUAUUUCUCAGCCUACCUGGGAGAAUACAGGAACGUGCUUUCAGCCCUGGAAGCCCUCAACUCUGCAGUCCUGGCAGCCAUGGACACAACCAAGCUG